AGCACACGGCCACUGUCCCACUCGACUGCCCACGACCAACUCGUCCGCAGAGAUGUCAGCCGCUGGUGCCCGGGGCCUUCGGACCACCUACCACCGGGUCCUCGAUAAAGUGGAGCUCCUGCUGCUGGAGAAAUUGAGGCUGUUGUACAACCACCCUACAGGUCCCAAAACAGUUUUUUUCUGGGCUCCAGUUAUGAAAUGGGGGUUGGUGUGUGCUGGAUUGGCUGACCUGGCCAGACCUGCAGAGAAACUCAGCACAGCUCAAUCUGCUGUUUUGAUGGCCACAGGGUUUAUUUGGUCAAGAUACUCACUUGUAAUUAUCCCAAAAAACUGGAGUCUCUUUGCUGUUAAUUUCUUUGUGAGGGUAGCAGGAGCUUCUCAGCUCUUUCGUAUUUGGAGAUAUAACCAAGAACUAAAAGCUAAAGCAAACAAAUAAAGAGUUCCUGACCACCCGAACAACCUAGAUGUGGAUAUACCCACAGGGACUGAUUUGAUUUAUUCUUUGGCUAUUGAUAAGGUGAUAUUAACUGUGCUACUGUUUGGAAGGCAUAAAAAACUGUCAACUGGGGGCUAAUACUUGAUUCAACAGAAAAAUAAAGCAAACUUUU